AUGAUAAAAGAUAGUAAUGAUGAUAAAGCCAACAUUUGCGAUGGUGAUGAAGAUAAUGACAACAAUAACAGCGACAACGAUGACAGCAUGAAUACCGACGGCGGCCAAAACAAGAACAACAACAGUUACAACACCAACGAGCACUUAAUUAAGGCGAAGUUCCCACAAACGUCACAACAGCGGAAACUGACUCAAGUGAGCUGUAUACCGAACUGCAAUCCAGAAACAAUUAGGCAAUUAGAACCGCAGAGACCAGAGGAGGAAGUGCCAAGGGUGUUGGUUCGAGAAGGAGCAACAAUGACUGACAUUGCCGGGGCGUGGGAAGUUGUCGGAACAUCCACCAAGGAGGCUAGCAGAGGGACACCCAAGUUAGCGAUUAGGGCGUCCUCGGAGGACAUCCAGCCAGCAGAGAAGGAAGGAAGACCCGUCCCUCUGACUUCGCGGGGCUCCCGUCUAGAUGUCGCGCCCCGUCCUCGCCGUGACAGCUUUUCGAUACCGGCCCGAAAGCGUCUCCGGACUUCAGUGCGGGAGGCGACGGCGGGAGGAACGCGCGCGCGGUCCCUGGUGUCGACUCUCUGCGCAGUUGAGGGGCGGUCUGUUGCAGGGUGGAUGUAG